UGCUGAGUUCGACGACGCUAGCACGCUUGUUUUCUUGCUUGACCAGUUGUGGCGGCUACAGAUUUUCAGCGAAGGCGACUUCUGCAUAUCUGUCGCUGUUUGCUGGAAGUCAGCGUACCUUUCAGGACGCUUCUUGCUGCCUGCUGCUGCAGCAGCCGCCACAGCUGCCGCCGCUGCCACCGAAAUGCGCGUUAGGAAGAAAACGCGUGGGAAAAGAAGUGAUGUACGAAGAAAAAGCUCGUCAGGAAGGACAUGACGGCCGACGCGAACGUGGUAGGAGAGGAGGAACUGGGCGCUACUUGGCGCUACUUGGCGAAAGCCGAUCUGGGGACUUUAGGCGCCUCGGUGGGCAUUGGCGAAUGCACGGCGAAGCAUUUUGCUUCGCUUGGCUGCUGGCUCUCCCUGACUGGGCGGAACACCGCGAAUCUGGAGAGAGUGGCUGAAGCUUGCUGCGCACAGGGGCUUCCUCGGGACAAGGUUCUUGUCGUGCCUGGUGACCUAGCGGUGGAAAAGGAUGUCGCAGAUGUGGUGCAGAAGACAGCGAAGCACUUCGGCAAAAUUGAUAUUCUCGUUAACAAUGCGGGAAUUUCCAUAGCAGGGUCCGUUGAAAGUGCCUCAGUGGAAGACUUCAACCGAUCGUGGCGGACGAACUUCCUCGGUCCUCUCUGCAUGAUCAAAAACGCUGUGCCCUACUUGCGUCAAACUAAAGGUAGCAUCGUCAACAUUUCUAGCAUUGCAUCGCUGAUAACGGUUCCCGCCAACGUGCCUUACAGUGUCGCCAAGGUAGCCCUGGACCACUUGACGCGAUGUGCUGCACUAGAGAACGCUCCGUAUGGUGUACGUGUCAACUCAAUCAACCCGGGUCGUAUCAAGACGUUGAUUGGGAAAAGACCUGAGCUAAGCGUAGAGGAACACAUGGAGCUGAUGGACAAAAUGGCCGGUCCUCUGCAUGCGCUGGGACGAGUGGGCACACCGGACGAAGUCGCCGACUGCAUCGCCUUCCUGGCAUCCGAUGAUGCCGCGUUUGUCACGGGGACCAUUAUGCCCGUCGAUGGGGGCUUCCUCCUUCUGUCCAGCGUGUCGGGUCCCGCUCGAUCGUCGGAUACGCACUAGACUGCGCCAGAAGCCAAUGACAUAACCUUUCCAUGCUGUCAAGAUACACUGCAAGAUUUAAGUAGACGCUACAUUUUAUAUAAAUAACUCCACUGUCUUGUAAAUCAGUGAAUGUUUGGCGACUCGAGCUCUUCAGAAAAACAAUUUCACUUCUUCUAAGCUUUGUGAGGUAAACAGGAACGCAUACACGGCUAUGCAAUACAGUAAAUAUUGGGCGAGGAGUUACGCAUGCUAAUGCGAAUUGCUUACAAGCUUCAGGUUUCAUUAUGGAGGACGCACGUCGAACGUGCUGCCUUCGUUCAGCACUUAACUUUUAAGGGCAAAAUAAUGUUAUAUGCAGUCUGCCAUGCGUCCCCUUGAUUACUGUGGCUAAAACAUUGGAUGAAGUUCUUGCUUUCCUUUCUUUGCGUUUCUUUUGCGAAAAUACAUUGUGUCCCUACAGCUUGACUCCCAUCGUGGUCGUAUGUUAUUGUGAUGAAGGCGCUCUAGUAAAUUCUUAAACAAGUGGCAAUGUGAAAGAAGCUAGCAAAGCAGCUGCGCAAUCCUUGAGAUGACACAACGAACUUUUAUUCAGUACACAGUUUCUUUUUUCACAUCCUUCGUCGCCACUACAUGUUGUGCAGGAUGUCGGCUCCAAAAAGUCCGGUAUAAAAGUUGAAUAAAACUCACAGAAAAAUCCAUCGC